GACGGCGACGGGGCGGGUUACAAUGUAGCAGGGCGCGGCCAUCAGGUGGAAUGCUAUGGAAUAUGAUGAGAAGCUGGCCCGGUUCCGGCAGGCCCACCUCAACCCCUUCAACAAGCAGCUUGGGCCGAGGCGGCAUGAGCAAGAGCCUGGUGAGGAGGCCCCGCAUGUCACUUCUGAAGAGACCCUGCCUGAGCUGUGCCCUGGGGAGCUGGAGUUCCGCUGCACUGAGCGCGUGAUGGAUCUUGGCCUGUCUGAGGACCACUUCUCCCGCCCUGUGGGUCUGUUCCUGGCCUCCGACAUCCAGCAGCUGCAGCAGGCGAUCGAGGAAUGCAAACAGGUGAUUCUGGAGCUGCCUGAGCAGUCGGAGAAGCAGAAAGAUGCCGUGGUGAGGCUCAUCCACCUCCGGCUGAAGCUCCAGGAGCUGAAGGACCCCAAUGAGGAUGAGCCCAACGUCCGCGUCCUCCUGGAGCAUCGCUUCUACAAGGAGAAGAGCAAGAGUGUCAAGCAAACCUGUGACAAGUGCAACACCAUCAUCUGGGGGCUCAUCCAGACCUGGUACACCUGCACAGGGUGUUACUACCGCUGCCACAGCAAGUGCUUGAACCUCGUCUCCAAGCCCUGUGUGAGCUCCAAAGUCAGCCACCAAGCUGAGUAUGAGCUGAACAUCUGCCCUGAGACAGGGCUGGACAGCCAGGAUUACCGCUGUGCUGAGUGCCGGGUGCCCAUCUCACUGCGGGGCGUGCCUAGCGAGGCCCGGCAGUGUGACUACACCGGCCAGUACUACUGCAGCCACUGUCACUGGAACGACCUGGCUGUCAUCCCUGCACGUGUUGUGCACAACUGGGACUUCGAGCCUCGCAAGGUGUCUCGCAGCAGCAUGCGCUACCUGGCGCUGAUGGUGUCACGGCCAGUGCUCAGGCUCCGAGAGAUCAACCCUCUGCUGUUCAACUAUGUGGAGGAGCUGGUGGAGAUCCGGAAGCUGCGCCAGGACAUCCUUCGCAUGAAGCCGUACUUCAUCACCUGCAGGGAAGCCAUGGAGGCACGUCUGCUGCUGCAGCUCCAGGACCGGCAGCAUUUCGUGGAGAACGAUGAGAUGUACUCCAUCCAGGAUCUCCUGGACGUGCACAUGGGCCGCCUCGGCUGUUCGCUCACUGAGACCCACACGCUCUUCGCCAAGCACAUCAAGCUGGACUGUGAGGUGGGCCCCCACCCCCGCCAUGGCUGUGGUCUGCUCCAGAGGCAGCUCUUUGCCCCCAGCCCUGAGGGCCAGGCUUGGCAGGAGAAGCUGCUGGGCCCCCCACUAGCCCCGGAGUGCCCUUUAGAGCUGGUGCUUAUCUGCCCCCCAACCCCCACACUGUUCCCCUCCCGCCAGCGGUGCCAGGCCAAGGGCUUCGUGUGUGAGCUCUGCAGAGAGGGCGACGUGCUGUUCCCGUUUGACAGCCACACAUCUGUGUGCAGUGACUGCUCGGCUGUCUUCCACAGGGACUGUUACUACGACAACUCGACCACGUGCCCCAGGUGUGCCCGGCUCACCUUGAGGAAGCAGUCACUCUUCCAGGAGCCUGGUCCAGAUGUGGACGCCUAGGGUGCUGGGGGAAAGCACUGGGUGCUGCCUGGCCCAUCUGGCGCCUGCCCUGCUGGUCGUUGCCAAAGUCAAGGUAUUCAUUCUACUCUGGAGACCACCAGGGUGCUGCCCCUGGACCCCUCCACCCCUGCUGGGUGAGGGGGUGAGCCCACGAGGACGAUCCCCCAGGUGCUUUCCCAGACUCAUGGUGGCCACACCUGGCUGUACCUGGUUUGCUGCUGUGAGGGGUCAUGGUGUGGCCCCCGCUCUCCCCCACUACAGGACUCCCUGGGACCCACCCCAGAAGCUGGUCAGGACAGGCUGGCUAUAGACUCCCAGCUCCAGCACAGCUUUAUCUUCAGAGAUGGUCCGGGUUCUGCUCGGAAGUGC